AUGAGCGCCCCACAGGCCAACGAGGCGGAGAAGAAUAUCGAGAUAUGGAAGGUCAAGAAGCUCAUCAAGAGGCUUGAGUCUGCUCGUGGUAACGGCACCUCCAUGAUCUCGCUCAUUAUCCCUCCCAAGGAUCAAGUCUCACGAGCGUCGAAGAUGUUGGCUGAAGAAUUUGGUACCGCCUCCAACAUCAAAUCUCGUGUCAACCGUCUCUCGGUUCUCUCCGCCAUCACAAGUACCCAGCAGCGCCUGAAGCUGUAUUCCAAAGUCCCUCCGAAUGGACUAGUCGUCUACUGUGGUGAAAUCAUCACCUCCGAAGGAAAAGAGCGCAAGAUCAACAUCGACUUCGAACCUUUCAAGCCGAUCAAUACGUCUUUGUACCUAUGCGACAACAAGUUUCAUACCGAGGCUCUUUCCGAGCUUCUUGAAUCUGACCAGAAGUUCGGAUUCAUUAUCAUGGACGGUAACGGAGCUUUGUUCGGAACUCUCAGCGGCAAUACGCGCGACAUCGUCCACAAGUUCUCCGUCGAUCUUCCGAAGAAGCAUGGUCGUGGUGGUCAGUCCGCCCUGCGUUUCGCGCGUCUUCGAGAGGAGAAACGUCACAAUUACGUCCGAAAAGUGGCAGAAUUGGCCGUCCAAAACUUUAUCACCAACGAUAAGGUCAACGUCGCCGGCCUGAUCCUGGCCGGUUCGGCCGACUUCAAAAACGACUUGAACCAAUCGGACCUGUUCGAUGGGCGUCUGCAAGCGAAAGUCAUCAAGAUCGUGGAUGUUUCAUAUGGUGGCGAGAACGGUUUCAAUCAAGCCAUCGAGCUGUCCUCGGAGACUCUCUCCAACGUCAAGUUCAUUCAAGAGAAGAAGCUCAUCAACAAGUACUUCGAUGAGAUUUCCCAAGACUCUGGGAAGGUUUGCUACGGUAUCGAUGAUACCCUCAAGGCCCUCGAACUAGGCGCCGCUGACAUCUUGAUCGUCUUCGAAAACUUGGAAGUGACUCGUUGGACGCUCAAGAGCAGCCAGGGAAGCGAGAUCAUCCUCCACACCACCAAGCAACAAGAGAAAGGCGACCGUUCCCAAUUUAUGGACAAGGACACCGGGCAAGAGAUGGAAAUCAUCGAGCAAGGAUCGUUCCUUGAAUGGCUUGCGGAACACUACCGCGACUUCGGCGCCAACCUCGAGUUCGUCUCCGACCGAAGCUCCGAGGGCAACCAGUUCGUCAAAGGCUUCGGUGGCAUCGGCGCCAUCUUGCGCUACAACGUCAAUUUCGAACAGCUAGCCGAUUUCAGUGACGAAGAUGAAUUUUAUGACGACUGA